UGGUUUUGAUGAGUAAGGAUAGCAGACUUUAAUUAUUUUUUUUAAACAGGUGCCCAGACACUUUACAUAAGAAAUAUUUGAAAUCAGCUACGAGCAGUUAAAGAUGUCAGUGAUGUUUUGCUGUUGUGGUUGUGUUUGCUGUUGCUUUAGAUAUGGAAGCUCAUAGUGACCACUUUGCACCACUGUUUUUUUGACAAAUUGCCUGCAGUGUAUUGUUACGUCAUUUUUACAGUGUUAUAGGCGUUAUUAUAGGAGUGCCAGCACAAAGACAAAUGAUACCACCAAAAUGCAAUAAAUGUUUGGUUUUUUUUAAUAAAGAGUGCUGCUGUCCUUUGCCCUCUCAGGAGCAGAGUUAACUUUAGUUUUACUUAAUUAGGGGGAAAAGUUGCAGUUCUGCAACAUGAAUAAAUCAGGCACAAAAGUGCUUUUAAACAAAAAUGUAAUCUUGUUAGAAAAUAUCUUAACACCAGAGUAAUGUUACCUAUUAAUGCAAGAUAACCAUUUGAGAAAAACUAUAAACUAUUUUUGCAUUUUCUUUUCCACUUUAGUGUAAAUGUGCAGAUAACACGGAUGCUAUAUAAGAAGAUAUGUUGAAUUUAACUUCUAACAGUGUUUGAGCAUGUUUGUCAUUGGAUAAAUGUGUGUGCUAACCAGAGCUAUUUCAAGUAUAUAAUUACUUUUUCUGAGUUGUGGCUUUCUGUUACUAAUCUAGGCCACACUAUGUGGAGAGCCCCUAAUGUUUACAACCUAAUUUGACUAUUAGAACAAAUUGCUUUGCAGUUAAUACAUUUGCACUGUCAAAUCACUAUAAAAUUGUUAUAACAUUUGUAAAUGCCAGUGUCAUUAAUGAUGUCCCCAAGACACUCAAAAAGGUUCUGGUUCAUAACCUGCUGAUCAGCUUUUGCUGUGGAGUUUGCAUGCGUCUGUUUAAUUAGUGGUACUAAAUUGGCCAAAGGUGAAAAUACGUAUGGUUGGCGCCCUGUCCAGGGUGCUCGAUGUCAGUUGGGAUAGGCUCAAAUCCUUCUGUGCCCUGCGAUAAGAGGUUUAAAAAAACUCUACUUACUGUGCAAGACACUUUCACAAUCAACAGAGAUAAAUCACUAUAAUGAAGUGCAUUAUUAUAUGUAAAGGUUUAGAAUUUGAAGAUGUGCAUUAAGUGGAGGAUUUUGUCUGUUAAUGUGAUCAUAUGUUUAUAUUCUACUGUGUUGUUGUGGCUUAUUAUCUCUGUUUCACAAACCUGACUGAAAACGUCUCUAAGCCUGCACUCUGUGACUUGUUAUCUUAUUCACAAGGUAGAUGCUGAUAUGAAAGUAAAAUUGUGUCUUCUCCCCAGGGAACAUCUUUCAUUUUUGCUAACAAGACACAGGGUUGCAUGUUGUGUCUGUUGUCACCGCAUCUGGGUGGAACUCAGCGGGGCAGCCGCGUCAUUCCCCCUCCAGAAACAAAGGGUUUAAGACUGAGUUCACUGGCGAUGUGUCUGUGUGACUUCGUAUCACAGAGUUUCUCAGAAUAGGAAAUGUCCUUUCUUACUCUCCUGACCUACCUCUACUGAUGUUCAGAAGAUACUCUUCUCAGUACAUCUUCUUUAAUCUGUAAUUGUUUAUUUUUUCCAUGAUGAUUCACUUAGCGGUUUUGUAUCUGUCAUCCAAGCCACCAUUUUUCCUCAGCAUUUUUUUCAAGAGAAGGAUAAUUGGCACCUUUUCCUCCUAAAGACGUUGUAUGUCUAGUUUCUGGUCCCAUUCUGGACAUUUUAAUUGUUUUUCUUUCAAUUCCUAACUAGCCAUUUCCUCUGUUUUUGCUCUACUCUUAAUCUUGAAUUGAAGAAAAGCCCAAAUCGAGUUAGAACACAGACUGGACCCUGCUCGGCUUCCUUGGUAGUUUUAUAUUUUCUCAAAAUGUGGUCAACGUUUUUUGUGACUGACGAGGAGGGCCGCACUGUAGGCCCAGGGACCCCCGGAGUGGCUGGCGGGCCUGUACCAGGAGGACCAGCCCAGGGUGCAGGGGGUCUGGCCAGCCUGAUGAGUGGACGCAGUACAUUUGGUGGGAACAAGCGCCGCAGGACAACAUCAACAGGACAUGCCAUGAGUGAGGCCCAGGAGGGAAAGAUCAAAUUAGCAUUCUUUGUCGCCAUUGUUGGUGUAGUCCUGACAGUCCUCGGGGUCGGGACUGAGUUCUGGGUGGAGCUGGCACCGCCGAAGAGUUUCUAUAACAAUCAGACUUGUCUGACAGCCCACUAUGGGCUGUGGAAGGGCUGCACCAAGACCCUGUGGGUGUCUGAUAUUGACCCAGAGAGAGAGAGCUGCGGACCUGCUGAACUGGCUGGAGAAUCAAACUGCACGUACUUCAAGUUUUUUACUACAGGGGAAAAUGCUGUGAUGUUUCAGAAGACGACACAGAAAAAUCUGAAUGUGGCAGCAGCAAUGUUGGCCCUAUUCAGCCUGUUUCUGAUGGUGAUGGGCGCCAUCUGCAUCACUAUGGCUCUCAGUAAGGAGAUCCUGUUUUUCCUUAAACCAGCAUCUGUAUGCUUCAUUCUGUCAGGUGUUCUCGUGCUCCUGUCCCUCUUGGUUUUCCACCAGUCUGUUUUGGCUUUUCUUGCCAGCAAUCACACAGUUCCUCUCCACCAUGAGCUCUCCUGGUCAGUAUCAUGUAUUGGCUGUGCGGGGGCUGUCCUCAUCGUGGGUGGGAUCCUCUUCCUGCUGUUGGCGUUGCCCUACAGCCCCUGGCAGAAGUGCCUCCCUCACAAGGACAGCAGUAGCUAGUGGACUGGAGGUGAUGGUGCAUUUUAUCUGCCCCUCUUGUAAGGGGGAGGGUGCAGAGAAGUGAGGAGGUUUCCCAGAGAUGUCUUACCAAAGAGAUAGCUUUUUCUGUUGACUUAGAGCAAUUUUGUUAAAAGAGUCGCUGGUUUUACUAGUGCUUUAGUUACUGCAUUUACCAAAAUAUCCCAUUAUCGUAUCCUAAUUUAGUAAAAAAUAGCUUUAAUUUCUUUCUGUUGCACAACAAGCCAUUAAUUUACAAAGAAUGUGGUGACCUUAUUGCUCAGAUGUGUGUGGGAAACACUUCUGUAUUGUCUUACUAAUGGUCUUGCAGGGUUUAGAGGCUAUUGUUGUUAAUAAUUCAAAAAUGAUUUAAAAAAAAGAAAAGAAAAAUUUUGUUCCUUCCAACUUUUUUUUUUUAAUAUUCAUGAUUUUCAUCCCUCUACUUAAACUCACUACUUAUUUAAGAAUUUGCUGAAAUGCCAAUUAAAAUAUCUGCCACCUUCAUUGCUGACAUUUUUAUGAUGCUCGACACAUAUUAAAAUGCUUUCCAGUUAAUUUCUCUCCUUAUUUAUUAUUCACAUAGCUAAUUCACCCAUUAGCUAAUAAGCUUUUAAAAUGACUUUUGUUCUGUGUGUUUACUCUGAGAAAGGUUCUGCUCAUAGAUGCACAAUUGCACAAGCCGAGAGCAUUCAGCAGUUAAAUGUUGUGUUAAUGUCACUCUUGUUUUACCCCAAAUACAUUUACUGUGGCUACGCUUCGAUAGCUUUCUCAUUUUCUUUUAAAAAGCUGCCUUUCUGCUCAGGUAACGAUGUGACCACACCAUCAUCAGAACUGUGUGCUGACUGCCAAUUUGAGAAAGUCAUAAAGUUUAUUUUUAGUGAUGUGUGAAAAAAAACAACCCUGAUUUCCUUUCCUCCUGCAGAGCUCCUUUAUGAUUGCUAUGAUGUUUUUUGUUGAUCCUUUGUGUAUAUUGAGAUUAUUUCGAAUUACCUGCAUAACCAUGUAUGAGCCCGUCUUCUUGAAAUUACAAUUAUAUGCAUUUAAUUCAAAACAAAAACACUUUUGUAAAUUUAAAAAGAAAAAGCUGCUAAAUUGUGUAUUUACUGACAAAAACUUGUCAGUAAAAUAUAAUUGUUACUGGGCUGUAUCCCUCUGAAUUGGAUAAGCAGAAGAAAAUGGAUGGUACAUGCUUUUAAAAUGGUUUUCAGUUAUAUUUUUUAAAAGCCAAAAAGGGAUUGUGUUGCGGGUUAGCCAUGAAGCUUCUGCAGCACUAAAUAAUGCUGAUAUGAUUCAAUAUCACUAUUGCUACUUGGUUCACUGGAAAACAUUAGAAUUUCUGCAGUAAUCAGAAAUGGAAAUUAUAAUAAGAUCAAAGCUUGUUUGAGUAUAUUUUCAAGGUCAUAUAUGAGCUUACAAAACUUUCCAUAUAUAUGGCUGAUAAAAUAAAUGAUCACCAUUCACUGUGUUCAGCGUAUAAAUAUAACUUCAAGGAGACAGGUCCAUCCUGUUGUAAUAUUGUACCAGUACAUAUACAUGUAUUUAUAUAUAUUUGGCUGUUAUAAAUGUAACGUAACACUCCUGUCUUGUCAUCUUCAUCACAUGCAGAUACAAGAACACUGUAAGAACAGUAUUGGUUUGACAUUUUAAAUGUAAGUACAGAGGGGACUACACAGUCCUGCAGAAGCUGCACUGUGUUAAUCAGCUGCCAGGUUUUUACCUUCAAGGUUUUUCUCGGAUGAUUUCUGUUAAAACAAAGUGCUUCUCUGCCUGAAUGAAGGGUGAACUGUCGCUGCAACUUUUUUGAACUGAAUCGACUGAGUAUGAAUGAGUUCAUUUCAUUAUUAAACAUCACAUGAAUAUUUAAUGUCAUCCUCUAUCAGGUUCCAUUUCUCUCCUGUUCUGCACUCUCAACACGUUCUUGGCUUACAGUCGCUGCCUCCACUAUCGCUGCUUUUAUGAACUGUCCCACUUUACACCUCAUAACUGAACUGUUAACUACAUGCUCUAUUUCAUACUUUUUCUUUGGGUUCUGUUCAUUGGAAUCUCAUCAGAUUAAAAUGCUGUGUAAUAUUGCAGAAGUAUUAUUCUGUAUUUUGAAUAAAAAACAUGCUUUGAGAUUAAAACCUGAAGUCUGGCAUAUACUGUACACCAGGAUGUUUGAGUAGAUCAGACCUGUCCUUAUCCAUCUCGCUGCAUCUAAAUGAUCAGGUGUGUAAAUGUUUGGUGGGUCACAAUUAGUUUUUUUUUUUUUUUUUUUUACAAAAUUGGCUCUGCUUGGCACAACACAACAAAUAUGUGUUGUGCCACAGUGAUUUUUUUUUUUUUACCAGUAUGUUUGGUUCACAGUAGGGGUGUGAUGAUAUAAGGGUACUAAUGAUAUUUGUGUAUGUAAAAAUGAAAUAUUUAUGGCAUUUUAACACAUAUGAUUGUAUUCUGGGCGAUCCAUUGCUAGGUAGAGCUAAAUAACAGGAGCACUACUGGAUUCUCUCAAACCACCAUUUGUCAUGGAAGCCUGUCACUAAGCGCUAUGAUGUAGCCUCAGCUUAUUUACACAUUUUAUGGCUGGCUAAAAUUUGGCCGGCAGCUUCUCUCACACACCUGGAGAUUCAGUUCUCACAGCAAACAUUAGCGGGACUGAGUUACUCACACAGGUGCAGUUUGGCUGUUGUGGUGUUGCUGAGGAGACGGGCAAACUGCUGAGGACUAAAUUCCUAAUUUAUUUACAGAUUAAAUUACCACUCCUGUCUCUAUCUCAGCUCUGAGUGUUUAAGCUAACCCUAGCUGCUACAUUAAAUGAUGCCACUCUGCCCUGCACCUCACACACACUCGCAGGUGUGUCUACACUUUGUGGAUGUGAUGAUACACUUUUUGCUCUGUGUUAGCUUCAUGGUGCUUUGGUAUAGGUAUGAUGCCAGUGACAUUUGUAUAACAUACACUUAUACUUUGACAUUAUUUUGCAUCAUCAACAGUAGGACAUGCAUUUUUGUGACUACUUUAUAUGUGCAGGCAUUGCACAGUGGAGCAGAAUCCACUAUGUGUGAUCCACAGGAGAUCCAGAGACCAAACAGCAAUCUGCAGGCUACAAAGACUGAAGAUGGUUCAACUGGUAUUUUUCAUCAUUCAUGGGGUUGUGAAUUUGUGACCCGGGGUUAAACUCCCCACUUUUCUUACAUAUCACAUUGUACCCCCUGCAGCUAUGUCGUCCUCUCCAAGGUAAAAUUCAAGUUGAAGGGCCAGUGUCUUGAUACAGUCCCCAGCUGGCGUUCCAGCAUGUCCUCUGGGCAGUGCAUGACAUGCAUUCAGAACAGGACUUCAAGCAAGCAUUUUGCAAGUGACAGGAGCACUUCGAGCAGUGUAUCAUUGCUACCUAAUAUGGCAUGUGUUUUCUUUUUAUAGGCACAGUCAAUACUUUUCGAUUCCACCACCUCGCAUACGCAGGUGUGUGACAAACGUAAGUUGUAAAUGUAGUUCAAGUGUCAACUAGAUGACACUAUGAGUAAGGUAAUAAAGUUGCCUUAAAGUCUAUAUUUAUCCUGCUGCUGAGUUCACAAAGAGACUUAUAGAUACUGUACAUGUGAAAUAAAAAUCACAAAAUUAUCAGCUGAAUCUUAUUAGUCAGUAAAGGCAAAAGUUAGCAGGUGAAGAUCCAGUUCUGAGUCUUCAUUAAGAUUUUUUCUUCCUGGCAUUUUGGAAAAGAACAACAGGAAGUAAAAGUGUGGAAUUUAUAUAGCACGAUUUAAUAUUAGUUAGCACAGACAGUACUUUAAACUGUAACUCAGUGAUUCACAAUUUCAUACAUUCAAAGAUACUAAUUCAUAGAUUCAACUAUAAUACUCAAAUGUUAUUUAACCUCAUGUGAAUUGAGCACAAGUAAACUGACUGUCAGGUUAAUCCAUAAAAUAUGAAUUGUCCUAAUGUGUCCUGUAAUCUUUAGAUGUAUGCCACACAGAGCCUUUAACUCACAUUCUGAUCUUAAAUUCAGUGGAAACCAGAGAAUUGUGAAUAAUAUUAGCACUGUUAUCAGCUGGGUUUUGGAUUGCACUCAGUCUUCACUACAGCUGCUUUCUUUGUAAUAAGGAAAAGGAAAACUCAAAACGUCUCUUCAAAGGAUAUUCCUACUUAUUGCACAUGAAUAUUUUUUUAAUCUUGAUAUUUGAACAAAUUUGACUUAUUAAGACAGCAAACUGUAAAGAACUGCAGAAAAUGAGAAGAGAAAGAGUGCAAUGACAUAUAACAAAGGUCCCCGGCUAAAUUUGAACUCUGAACAUUUCAGUUGCAUGUUACAUGCUGUUAUAUGAUACAGUACACAUUUAGAUGGCCAGAACACCAUCUAAAUCGCCUUCUUCACAUCAGCAACUACUAACAUAUCCAACAUUAUCCUUUUACAUUUUAUUGAAUUUGUAAGUGUAAAAUAAUCCGGUGUUAUUACUUUCAAAUCAAACAAUUAUCCUAUGCUCUUUGGCUAAUGGCAGAUGGUUAUGGAACAACACUCUGAAUCACUGAAGGAUACCAUUAAAACGUGCAGGGAUAAGAAUGGUUUUUGAGUGCAUUUCCAUGCAGCAUGUACAAAUUGCUCAGAUCUGGAUUUUCAGAACCCCGCACUGCCUUCAUCACUGGUUCAGUUCUUGUUAUCAUGCUCACGGCACAACUCUGUCACCAUGUUGACCUCCUUCCAGGCUUGCGUCUCUCUGAAUGGUCUCCCACGCUGUUUGGCUGCGACCUCCUGGCUAAAAAUAAACCGUGGCUAAUAGGACUGACGUAGCAGGAGAAACACAAACCUGGAGACGAGCUGUGCAUGCAAACACACUCAAAUUCAUUUGUUCUGAGACACAUUUACACACUGGAUCUCUUCUCUGCGUGGUGCGCAGAUUUGAUGAUACACGUGGUACUCACUGGGUGAGCACAGUGUGAACCGGGUUUAAACUGAACCCCUGGCAUCGUGCAUUCCUGACAUCAUCCAAUCCACUUUACUGCACCACAGAGAAUCAAAUUAUCAUCCUGAGUUUAAUAGGAGAAGCUAUAAAGUGAAGCGAGCACAGAUAGCCUAAACUUUUAGAGCUACAACUUUUCUCAUUGCGUCGGCAGUCUGCACCAGGCCCUGCACAUUUUCAUCCUCCCCUGAUUUACAGUACAUAGUGUUUUACAUUUAAACACCUGCCACUCAUGUUCAGUCAAUGUCUGAGGAACCCUGGAGAUAAUCAGCCCCCUCCAAAUUGACCAAUGUGCCUGUCAUUAACAAACUGGACUCAGUUUUCAGCUUGAGUUGUAGUUUUCCAUUUUUGAUAUUACCUUUGCCUAGGUUAUGUUUUCAUUCUGAUCUUGUUAGUUACUAACUUUUUUCUUUCCAUCCUAUGUUCCGCAUGCCAAGUCUGAGUUUUUUCUUUGUCUUUACUUGGGCUUAUCAAGCUCAUGUGUCUUAGUUUCUGUGUCAGUGUUAGUUUCCUGUUUCCUCAAAGCUCCAUAAGGAAAACCAACUUAAGUCUUAAAGUUCACCAAUCUAAUUAGGAAGCACCCAGGGUGUGACUGAGGGAAAGGAUUGGACUAUCGAAACACACAUGAGGGUAACCAGGGAAAUGGAAAUCGGGGGAAACGAGAUGUUGCGCAAUCAACGUAAUCAUACACAAGAAAUAAAACUACAGAUAAGACAGGUAAAGCAGGAAGUAACAAAUGAAACAUGACACAAAGAAACACUUAGAGGAGGCUCGCAAAAUACACCGAGAUACAAGGAAUCAGUUAUUAACAGAGAUGGGUAGCAACGUGUUACUGUAAUCUGAUUACUUUUUCAAGUAACGA